CCAAAACAGCCCUCGAAAUAUAUCACAACAUGCGGCUACUUGCCACGGGAAGGGCACUACGCGCGAGUAGCGGCGCGUGGUCAAUUACUUCCGUACGUGGGAGAGUUUGCGUUCCUCCGCGUUUUCAGUGUGUCUACGGCUCCAUUGUGAGGCGCCCAAGAUCGACAGUCGCUUCGACGAAGGAAGAGAAGGUCGAAGCUCCAAAAUCCACUGUUCUCAAUGGAAACAGUGGCUUUGUUGGGAAAAAGCAAGAUGUCACCAUUGAGGGAAUCUCCUAUCCAGCUGAUCAAUGGACGAAUGCUACCGAAACAAUCCUUUCCCAUGUCGGCCGCCGACUAUACCUCGACGAGAACCAUCCUCUAGCAAUCACCCGCAAGCUGAUCGAGAGUCAAUUCCCAUCGCCGGUAUACGGAAACUAUUCAGAGCUAAAUCCUGUCGUCUCGACCGCUAAUAAUUUCGACGUUUUGGGUUUCCCUCCAGACCACCCGGGUCGCAGUCGCACCGACACCUACUACGUCAAUGAGAAGACCGUUUUGAGGACGCACACCAGUGCGCACCAGCAGGAAUACUUCCAACGGAUGAACAAGAAUGAGAAGACACGGCCGGAGGAGACGGGUUAUACUGUGAUCGCUGAUGUGUACCGGCGGGAUGCUAUUGAUCGAAGCCACUAUCCCGUCUUCCACCAGAUGGAAGGCGCCCGGUUGUGGAAGCGUCCUGCGACUGAGCCAUUGAAACAUGCUACGCAGACUGCAUCUGCCAUCUGGGAAGAUGUGAAAAAGAUCCCUGCUCAUGAUGUGGUUGUGGAGGACCCUAAUCCGACGAUCCAUCCGGAGCGCAAUCCGCUACAGGCAGAAUAUCACAGCGCUGAAGAGGUGGAAGCCAUAGCUGCUCACCUCAAGCGAUCACUCGAGCGCAUGGUUAUCAAGAUCUUUACCGAAGCUAGCAAAGCAGCAGGAGACGCUCAACAAGAGCCUCUGAAGGUUCGAUGGGUGGAAGCGUACUUCCCCUUUACCAGCCCUUCGUGGGAGCUGGAGGUUUUCUGGCAGGGAGACUGGCUGGAGAUUCUAGGCUGUGGUGUCAUCAAGCAGGAACUCCUGAACAACUCAGAUGUCCCAGAGAGAGUGGGUUGGGCUUUUGGUCUAGGCAUCGAGCGUAUUGCCAUGCUCCUCUUCAACAUCCCUGAUAUCCGUCUAUUCUGGUCCCGCGACGAGCGGUUCCUCUCCCAGUUCAAAGCUGGACAGAUCACUCGCUUUGAACCAUUCUCUAAAUACCCCGCCUGUUACAAGGACGUGGCAUUCUGGCUACAAUCGGCCGGUGGCAGCGCCGCGGGCGGCGCGGUGCCUUUCCAUGAAAACGACAUGAUGGAAAUCGUUCGUGAUGUGGCAGGCGAUCUGGUCGAGGAUGUCAAACUCGUCGAUGAGUUCACACACCCCAAGACAGGCCGGAAGAGCAUGUGCUACCGCAUCAACUACCGAAGCCUGGAGCGGACGUUGACGAAUAAGGAAACCAACGAGUUGCAUGAACAGGUCAGGCAGAAAUUGGUAGAGAGGGUUGGGGUUGAGCUGCGAUGAUGCGGUAUAUAUCGUUUAUCGUACCUCUCGCCCUCCCUAGUGCUUCGAGCCGUAUAACUAUGUAUUAUUAGUAUCGCUUCUUCUCCUGGAGAUACUUUACCUAGAUGUAAAAAUGCCCGAGUCCGCUCUAAAAUUUAAUCCCCGGUGGAAUUUUAGGAGAAGUUACAAUAGCCAAAUGCUUUAAAUCAUG